UUUUCUCUACUGUCAUAAUGUCUAACGAAGAAACAACAUCAAUGGCGGCCUCCAGCUUCUGCAUGUGUUAUCUUUUCUGGUAACUCUUUCGUGGGAUAAUUUGCGAUAUUCAGGCUGUAAACACGCAACCAUUUACAAUAAAUAAAGAUUAUAUGCACAGCCGGAUAUAUUUAAUUAAAAAAAUGAAGGCAAAGGCGCAGCGCAAGAGCAAUGGGAAAGCUGGAAAGCAAACACACAGGGAUAAACUUCAGAAAUUCAGGGAUUCGGUUAAUAACUUUGUGAAGAGCAAAGGCGGCUUCGGUGAAAGUGAAAGCGACCAAAGAGGAAUAUUCGUAAAGAGGAAAAGUAGAAAAGAGCUGCGCAAAGAGAAACGUAAGUUAAAGAAAGCCAAAAAGAAAAGCCACAACACGGGUCAGUCACUCCCGAACCCCAGCGAGGAACCUGCUCCAAAUACUCCUGCUGAGGAGGAGGUAAAGACACAGAAACCAGCCCAGAAGACGACUGGACAUCUUCAAAAUGCCGCUCAGAGACAGCAGAAGACAAAUACAGACAAUGUUCAUAUUAAAGAUGGUGAAGAAGAGACGACAAAAAGGAAGGUCCACUUCUCCGAAGAUCUGCCAAAACAGAGAAAGACAGCUAGCCUGAACGAGAGCAGAAAGCGGGUUCUAUUAGAGGCGAAUAUCGAAGAGGACAAAGUAAUAAAGAGACUAGAGAAACGCCUUGGACUGAAUAAAAGAAAGAAUAAAAAGAGUCUACCUCAGUCAUUCACCAACGAUGGACUCGAUUACAUUUUAGGGAUUCUUGAGCCUGGAGCAUCUGCAACGGGCCUGUAUGAGAGUGAUGAAGAAAUGGACAUUGACAGAGCUAAAGAUGACUUUGAUGAGUUGGACGAGGAUAGCGAUGGGAAAGUGACCGAUGAUGAGAACAAGGAUGACAGUGAGGAUGAAGAUGACACUGACGAAGAGGAAGGAGAUGGAGAGGAUGACACACAGAUGGAAGAAGAGGAGGAUGUAGAAGAUGACACCCAGAUAGAAGAUGAGGUGGAAGGAGAUGAAGAUGAGGAAGAUACAGAUGCAUCAGAGGAAAACGAUGAGGAGGAGGAGAAAGACUCUCAACAAAAAACACCUGAAAGCCAGAAGCCCAAUCCUGCCACAGCAGGCAAGUAUGUUCCACCUCACUUACGAGAAGCCGUGGACAGCAAACGCAAAGCCGAGCUGGAGAAACUGAAGCGCACUGUGAAAGGUCUGAUAAACAGAUUAUCACUGACUCUCUGUUCCAGGCUUCUCAUGGAGCACAUCCUUCUUGUCAGUGUCCUUCACUUUAGUGUUGGCCUGGAGGUUGGAGCUCAUUUUCUGGAGACUGUAGUCCGUCAGUUUGAUAAAACCUACAGUCAACUUGAUGCUACAGACAAAGAAUGUGACAACUUGAUGUCCAUUAUUGCCCACCUCUACAACUUCCAUGUGGUCCAUGCUCUCCUGGUGUUUGACAUUCUGAAGAAGCUGGUGACACGUUUCAGUGCAAAGGAUGUAGAACUGGUUCUGCUGGUGCUGAAGAACGUUGGGUUCGCUCUGAGAAAGGAUGACCCGCUAGCUCUUAAGGAGCUGAUCUCCGAGGCUCAGCGGAAAGCCAACGCUGAAGGAGAGCGUUUUCAAGACCAAACAAGGAUUCGGUUUAUGUUGGAGACUAUGCUGGCGCUGAAGAACAAUGACAUGAGGAAGAUUCCAGGUUAUGACCCUGAACCCGUGGAGAAGUUAAGGAAACUUCAGAGGACUUUGAUUCACAGCAGUGCUGGAGGAAGUGACUUGAAGUUAAGAGUCUCACUGGAUAAUCUUCUGGAAGCUGAGCGUGUUGGCCGUUGGUGGAUUGUAGGAUCUUCCUGGAGUGGAGCACCAAUGAUCGAUGACCAUGGAAACAAGACAACCAGCCCAUCCACCAAAGGGGAACAAUACAGUGCAACGAUCUUGGAGCUUGCACGCAAACAAAGAAUGAACACUGACAUCAGGAGAAACAUUUUCUGUGUGCUUAUGUCAAGUGAAGACUAUUUGGAUGCCUUUGAGAAACUUUUAAGGUUAGGAUUGAAAGACCAGCAAGAGCGGGAAAUUGUUCACGUUCUGAUGGACUGCUGUCUGCAAGAGAAAAUGUUCAAUAGAUUCUAUGCGGUUCUGGCAGAGACAUUUAGCUCGCAUGACCGGCGGUUCCAGGUAGAGUGGAAGAGCAGUGAUUCCUAG